CAGUGCCUCCUCCACCAGCAGAGUGAGUCUGGUCUGGUCUGAUCAUCACACUAUAGUUUACCCAGCUCCCUGCACUGACAGGUCCAGGUAACAUCUGCUCCUGAUCAGCCAGCCCUCGUCUGCUCGGGAACAUGGUCAUGUCCGCCUCCCAGCAGGUCGCCCUGGCGUUCACCGCCGUGCUGUUCUCGUUCAUCGUGGUGCCCCGGCUGCUGGGCGUGGGCGGGGGGGGUCCGGCCCGGGACGCGAAGGUCGACCCCCGCUACAGCAGACGAGGUCCCGGCCCAGGCAGCGUGAGAGGCCAGUCUAUCAACGUGAGCCCCCCCGGCUCUCACCAGACCCCCGAGAGCAUCCAGCAGAUGAAGAUACGGAUGGAACAGGAGCUGAAGAACGACAAGUUCAAAUCCAACAGCAACAAGGGCUACGUGUUCACGCUGAUGCCUCUCUACGCCAUCGGAGUGGGAGUGUUUGCAGCCUACAAGUUUCUGAAGAUAAAGAAUUCAGAUGAAAAGGCGCAAAAGGACAAAAUGGCAAAAGGAGCCAAGAAAUCAGUGGAGGCAGAGAACCAGUUAAAUGAGUUGGAACAAAGGCUGGCGCAGACGGAGAGGAUGCUGAACUCCAUCCUCACCCAGCUGGACCCCAUCACUAACUGUGUGAAGUCAGUCGCCCAGGACCAGAAGAACGAGAUAAUGUCUCAACUCCAGACCAUCCGCUACCUGAUGAAGAAGAGAGGAAUGGAUUGUCCGCCCCUCAAUGUCACUGACACUUCUUGUAAGCAUAACCUGGAUGAGCUCAUUGAGUCCCUGGGGGCCAGUGAGACCUCUGCAACGGCACCAAAGCAGUCCUCUGCAGAGACGGCGCCAUCUACCGGAAAGGUUUACGAGAAACAUUCGGAUGCUAAAGAUGAUGCUGAAACAGAAGGCGAAGAGAUGAAGGAGCUUCCACCAGAAGACUGUGAUGGGGAGGCAACAGGUGGAACAGAGGAGGAGGAGGAGGACGACGAAGAGGAAGAAGGGUUGGAGCUCCCUGAGCUCAUGGAUUCGUUGAAAGACUCAUGUCCCACAAACAUAGAGGAAGUUUGUGCAGAGCAGCCUGCAACCGGCCUCCGGCGGCGCAACAGACCUGAAUGAACUUACUUCUUUACUGUAAAUGUGACGGAUUAUUAUGAAUAUUUAUUAUUUCAAAGGGUUCCAUUGCAUUUAGCGCCCUGCAUAUUUUUAGUAACUUGUGUAGCUUUCACACGUGUGAGGAAGUAAACAUCAACACUGCAAAAA